AAGAACAUGAAUCCAAAUGGCAUCAUCCUGAGUAUCGUCUUCUUUUCUCACACUGCAGUCGGGGUUCUGGGGAACGCCUUCCUAGUUUGUCUCUUCUUCUGUAUGUUCUUCAUUGGACAUAGACUGAGGCCCACAGACACAAUUCUUGCCCAGCUGGCUUGCUUCAAUUUCCUGUUUCUUCUCUCCAAGGGCAUCCCUCAGACAAUGGCAGCUUUGGGCUUGAAGAAUUUCUUGGAUGACAAUGGGUGUAUAACUGUCUUCUAUCUUCACAAAGUGUCUCGAGGUCUUUCCCUCAGCAUCACCUGCCUCCUAAGUGGCUUUCAAGCCAUCACCAUCAGUCCCAGCAGCUCCAAGUGGGCAGAGGUUAAAGCUAGAGCCCCAAAGUACAUUGUCCCCACCUCUUCCCUCUGCUGUGUCACCCAUUUGCUACUCAACAUCAUUGUUUUUGUGAAGGUUAAAGACCCACAGAGCUCCAGAAAUAGUUCAGAAUUGCAUGAUUAUGGAUUCUGUUCUGGUUUAGAAUCCAACAAAGUUAGAGAUGCACUUUUUGGUGUUGUGGUCUCCCUCCGUGAUGCUGUGUUUGUGGGCCUCAUGGUCUUUGCCAGUGGCUACAUGAUAUUGCUUCUACAUAGACACCACAAGCGAAACCAGCACCUCUACAUGACAAGCCUUUCCCCCACAGCUUCCCCCAGGGCCAGGGCCACCCAGUCUAUCCUGCUGCUGGUGAGCACCUUUGUCUGCUUUUACUCCCUCAACUCCAUUUUGAUUUCAUACAUGUAUUUCAGAGAGCCAAGACUCUGGUUAAUCCAGUGCUCUGCCUUCCUUAGCAUCUGUUUCCCUACGUUCAGUCCCUUUGUGCUGAUUAGUAGUGACUCACAGCUUCUCAAAUAUUACUAUGAUCUUUGGGGAAAGAAAGUCCCACACCUUUAG